UCGUAUCCGACCGCGGUCGCGGCGUAUCCGGGUCUGAAAGACAGCAUCGAGCUCAUAGCGAAGCAGCAGGUUGCGAAUUGGUACACUGAUCGAGUUUCCGAUGUUCCUGCGCUGGCCAAGGCCGUCGUACUCCCAGUCUGCAGCGACACGAAUGAAGCCACAGCUCCACCCACCGUCGUCGUCUACGGACUACCCCAAAAGGACUGCGCGCACGGGUUCUCGACUGCUGGAUCCAACGCCAACAGUGACGACUAUCGCACAUUCCUACAGCAACUCGCAGAUGCUGCAGGCAGCCAGCAAGUCGUCUAUAUCUUGGAGCCUGACGCGAUCGGUCUUCUCGCGGAUGGAGGCUGCGGCAAUGACAAAGGUUACGCCGAGAACCUCGGAGUGGCGAUGGACAUCCUCUCGCAGAACCCCAAUGCUGAAAUCUACCUGGAUGUGGGGUACUGGGCGCUGUCCGACGAAGACCAGGCGACCGCUGUCGCGAAGAUUGUGAAUGCCGUGGACCCGAACUGCAAGUGCAAGGGCAUCUCGCUCAACACGUCGAACUAUCGCUCCAACGCGGAGAUGGCGGCGACAUGCGAACGGUUCGUCAAAGCCAGUGGCCGCCGCGAGUACAAGUGCAUUGUGGACACGUCUCGCAACUUCGUGAGUCCUUCUAGCACGGAGUGGUGCAAUGCCAACUGGGCAGGUAUCGGCGAGCUGCCCACGACCAACACCGGGUCCGAGUACGUGAGUCGCUACGUGUGGGUCAAUCCUCCUGGCGAGAGCGACGGCGAAUGCACAAACCAAUCCGACCAGGCACUCCGAGGGCCUGAUGCUGGCGUCUUCUUCCCGGACCACUUUGUGCAGCUCUGGAACAACGGCGCGUUCGUCCAGAAGCUCGGAAUGGCCCCCAUCAGCGUCGCUGGUAACAGUACGAGCAAUGGGACUUUGGACACGCCAACGCCAGCAUCAGCAACAGUGACGCCGGUCCCGGAGCCGGUGAUGGUAGCGCCAACCCCAGCGUCGACAACCACCACGCCAUCGACC